UGAGAACUCGCUAUGAAAAUGACAAAUAAGAGUUCACAAUCGUGCAACGAACGUUAAUUGUUAAAUGAAUGGAUCCGAAACGUGUGUUUUCCAUCGUUGUCACUUGAAAAUGAAACGAUUUCCACGGCUUCCGACAAAAAAUGGAUACAGAGGCUUUUAAUUUCGAGAUAAAUUGAAUCUCACGAGAGUCGCAUAGGUUAAAAUACUGUAUUAUUUUACACUCAAAAAAAUGUAAAUUCUGCUUGAAUAUUAAUUUUGCUCGUGUGUGCGGAAAAAGAAUGUAUUCUUCGUACAUAAAUGCUAAUGAACUGUCGUACGUGGAUACCAAUGAGUUGAGAAAAUAAGCAAUGGACACACUGAAAGUAAAAAGUGCGCUAGGGAAAACAUUUGACUUGUCCUUAAGAGGAAUCAGUAUUAAAUCUCUGAAGCAUGAAGUAAAUAUUUACCCAGAGAUACUUAACUUCUUACCUCCAAAGAAAGCGAAAUGAUUACAAAUCGCUCACAAAAUUGAAAACAUGAAUUCACAUUGUAACACCGUGAACAAAAAGCUGUAUCACAGAGGACAAAUUGAUGUGAUAGACAUGCCAGUACAAUUGACUUGCAAUUACAAGUACUUUCUCGUUUAUGAGGAUCAAAUAUCUAGAUUUGUUGUAUUGAAAGGUUUACACGGAAACACGGCGAAUGAAGCAGCUGUAAAACUAUUGGACAUACUGGCUAUUAUUGGAGCGCCGCAGGUAUUACAAAGCACUAACGGACGUAAAUUCGCCAAGGAAGUUGUGCAAGAGUUGCGCCUUCUAUGGAAAGACUUUAUGAUACUUCACGGGGAAAUUACCGAGGGGAAUGGGCAGAGCAGAGAUUUUAAAAGCUUGCUUGAAUGUUGGGUGAAGGAGAAUCCGACAAAGACAUGGCACGAAGCUCUGAAACACAUACAAAUCUUUCAAAAUUCAACGUUCCGUUGUGAAAAUGGAAAGAUUCCAUACGAUAUAUUAUUUGGAAGAAAUGUACACAAGGAGUUCCAAAAACGGACUAACGUGAUAAAUUCGACAAGAGAUAAUGUAUGGGCCGAAGAAGAAUGGAUUGGUUUGCUAUCCAACAAUCAAGAUGAAGUUAAGAAGGAAGAUAGGCAACAAUUUAUAGAAGACUCGACUUUUGCGAACGUCAGAGAUACGGAUACUUUCAAUGACUAUGAGGAUGAAGACUCUCAUAGUGAAACCAAGGAUGAACUUCAAAGGGACACUCCUGAUUUCAAUUUCGUGAAUGUUAAGAGUGAACCCUUGAACAUGCACACAGAAGACUUGUCAUUUGAGGAUGAAUCGGGAAUAGACGACAAAGUGUCGAACCUAGAGAACCAAGUUGACUUGAAGUGUAAAGUCUGCAAGAAACAGUACAUGAAACCUGGUCACUUAAAAAAUCACAUGAGAACGCAUUUAAAGGGAAAGAAGUUUGAGUGUAAACUAUGCAACAAAACGUUCCACGUUCUAAACUUGUACGAAAAACACAUGAGGCAAUCACACAAACAAAGUAAAUUGUCCAACUUGAGUAGAAGUAGGAGAAGCAAAAACUUGCAAGAUGGCGUGAUAUUAGACGCGAAAACACCUAAAUUGAGAGGUUUCACAGAGUUGAACGUUGACGAGACACAAUCCAGCGAAGCAAAUAACUGUACAAAGGUGGAAAGGAGUUUGAGUGUUCUGAAGGAGAAAAAGAAGAUCACUUCCGACAGUCGGUCAGUGAAACUAAAUGGAGAUCCAACUCUAGAAUGUUCAUACUGCAAUCAAAAGUUCAACUUUCCCAGCGUAUUGAAAAGACACAUGCGAUCUCACACGAAUGAAAGGCCCUACGUCUGUUUGAUUUGCAACAAGAGCUUCAAACAGCUAGGCCAUCUCAGCCAGCAUUCACUGACGCACAAAGAUUAUCGUUCUUUCCACUGUGCGGUCUGUGGGGUGAAGUUUGAGUCGCUGGGUUCACUGAAAGUCCACGCUCAAUCGCACAAAGAAGACUACAUUUCAAAGGCUAAAGAGACCUUCCGUCUGUUCGAGUGCGACAAUUGUAAAAAGGUGUUCACCACCAAAAGCGUUCUGGAGAGGCACAUACUCACCCAUUCUCACGAACGUCAGUUCCCGUGUUUCGUCUGCGGGAAGAGGUUCAAACAAGCGGGACACGUGAAAUCUCACAUGCUGGUGCACACGGGGGAACGGAAAUUCGAGUGCACGGUUUGUAAAAAGAGAUUCAGCCUCUCGAAUUCUCUGAAGAAACACAUGUACGUUCACAACGGUGAGAAACCGUACCAGUGCGACGUGUGUGGCGCGCGAUUCCUCGAGAAGAGGAACCUGAACGGACAUCUGAUGACCCACACGAACGAGCGUCCAUUCCGCUGUAAAAUUUGCGGGAAGAGGUACACUCUGGCGGACACGUUACGUCGGCACGUGAGCGCCGCCCACGAGGACGGACGCACCUAUCAGUGUGAGAUCUGUGCGAAAAUGUUCAAGCAGCUUGCUCACCUGUCCGUUCACAAAAAGGUGCACAACGACGAGCGGCCGUUCCAGUGUCAUUUGUGUGAGAAGAAUUUCAAGCACAAGAACGUACUUAAGUCUCACUUGGCCAUUCAUGCGAACGUGAGACCGUUCGAAUGCGACGUGUGCAAAGCCACGUUCGUGAGGAAAACGAAUCUGCAGACGCACAUUGCAUCGGCCCAUAUGAAUGAAAGACCGUACGUUUGUACCAUCUGUGGCAAGCGGUUCAAACAAAUUAGUCACUUGAACGGCCACGUGGUGGUGCAUAGCAAUUUAAUGCCUUAUCAAUGCGAUUUCUGUGAUCGGCGGUGCAACAGACUCGACAACCUGAAGAAACACAUGCGUCUUCAUACGAAGAACAAAGAAUAAGCAACGUGAGAUGAAAAGUCUUUGAAAAGAUAUCGCGGACUUAGAAUCUUUUCAACGUGAAACUAUCGAAAUUGGAACCUACGUAUAUCGUUAGUAAAGAGAAGUCGACGUUAAAAGCUUCCAUUUUCAAUCUAUGAUACAAUCUAUGACUAUGAUUCAAUCUGAUGACUUCCCCUGACUCACCCCUUCGAAUGAAUUAUGUUUAUAAUCAUGUAUGUGAUUGGUGUAUACUUAUAUAAAUUUUGAAUAUUUUUGUAUCUUACAAAAAGUCUUAAACAGUCUUGAACAGCACUGCUCUUUUGAAGAAAGAGAUGCCACACGUAGCCUAAGUAAGUGAGAACUGUUACCAGCAAUGAAAGUUUCGAAAGGACGCAGCUGCAAUAUUUUAUCAUAUUUUUCUCUGUAUUUUUACUAAUCGUAUCGUAAGUUCUUCUUCUUUUUUUUAUAUAUCGUUUUUAUUAUAUCACAAGUUAUAAUUUUGUUGUACAAAUAUAGAAAAUUGAAUUCCUAAAUUGAGAUCUGAAAUUUUUGAGAUUUACACGUGUCACGUAUUCUGAGAAAUUCCAUGUUAAAUGAGAUUAAUUCAAUUGCUUUAAGUCAUUCAUCAUUGUGUGUUUUUUUUUUUUUAAUAA